UGUCGUCUUCUAUCUAUGAUACGCUGCGAGAAUCGAGAUGGUCAUCCUCACUACUUGAACUCGAUCUGUCCUUCUCCUUCCCACGACUAAUGUCUUACUCGUCCCCCCUUUUAGUUUCUGGAUACAUCAAAUUCUAAUUUAGUCCACGUCACGUUCCUGACGGUGAGGUCUAUCCUAGUACAAGCUGUUGAGCCUUAGGAAUCCCCUAACUAGAGGCAAAUUACCCCAUCAUGGCCCCCUUUUUACCAGCGCCGGCCACAGAUAGCUCAUCUAUCGGUCGCGUCUUAGCUCGCGAGCUCGAAUACAUUAACCCGACACGGACUCUCCCGGAGGUGAUCUCCAAGGUCCUCACUGCCCGUCAACAGAGCACUACGACAGUCAUCGUACAACCCGACGGCGAAUCGCACACCCUCUCGAGCGGAGCCAUCGCUGGCAUAGUUAUCGGCUCUAUCGCCGGGUUCCUCAUACUGCUGUGGAUCAUCCGCUCGUGUAUCAACUACCGCAAUCCGGGGGCAUGGGGCACUACGUUCGAGCCAGACAACGAGAAGCCACCGUCUUCGCACCAUCACCACAGCUCCACGCGGUAUCCGCGGGAAACACAUGGCCAUAGAUCACGCUCCCGCCAUUCUCAUCAUAGUCCGCGCCGCACGUCGAUCGUAAGCGUAACUAGGCCGGUCUAUGUUGAGCAACAUAGGAGCAGGAGUCCGAGAGCCCCACCCGCGACGUAUUAUUCCGACGGGAGAGAUUAUCGGAGGUCGAGUGAUAUUCGGAGACACUCAAGGGGGCAUUAUUGAACUACAAAAUAAUGAAACGCUUGUAACGGUAGACAGUGGACGUUAUCCUGUAUAGUACCUUGGAGAUAAUUGGUCGAUGAAAGUUGGCCAUGCCAUGUUGGCAUACGGCCUCUUGCUUAACGAAAAGAUCAUUGAGGAAGGGCUGGAAUAUCCAUUGACAAUGAGGUUACGGAUAUUAUAUGCCAUUUUACGAAUGAGUUUAUGACUGUUACGAUAUGCAUGUAUAUAUGAAUCAUUAACAAAGUAAAUAAUCAAAACAUAAUUCAUCUGGUAGAUAGCAUAAAUUUCUAAU